AUGCACCCGACCUCUUACUUCCUCUCGCCUGCUUGUACAUAGAAUUAUGAUCUGUCCAACCGCAAACUGAACUCACUAUACGGCAAAUUAUUUCUUAGGUGAUAGCGCACAUACUUUGAAACAUCAACCCACAUUCUCGGCAAGGUUGAUUGGCGGCCAGCAAUACCGACUGCAAAUAUGGCACACAGCAAACGAAAUACGUCCCGCAGUGUCUUCACCUCAUACGAGCGUGACAUGGCUAAGGCUGCGUGGGCCUCGACCUCAGCGCGCCUGUCUCGCGACUCCUUCCUCCCCUUUGGUUCUUGCUAUCUCUGUCUCGAAAUCGCCAGAGAACCUGUAUCGUGCAAUCAUGGCGACGUCUUUUGCCGCGAGUGUGCGGUGGCCAACCUCAUCGCACAGAAGAAGGAGAUCAAGCGCGUAGAGCGAGCACGAGACAAGGCGGAGCAAGAAAUCCUGGACGCCCAGGCCCGUCAAGACGCCGAGGCUCAAGAACGCGCCGUAAAGGAAUUCGAAAAGAUUCAAGCGGGACUAGACCCGUCGUCAUCCGUAACAUCACUGAGCCCGUCUGGGCUUGCAUCAGGAGAAGAUGUUACGAUGGGAACCGAUAUCGAUGUUCCCAUGAAGCAGGGCACCAAGAGAAAAUUCAUCUUGGAUCAAGACGAGCUAGAGAAAAUCGCAAAGGAAGAUCGCGCCAAGGCGCAGAAGUCGAUCGACGAGGAAAGAGCAUCCAAGGAGAAACUGCCUUCUUUCUGGACACCGUCCCAAACACCCGAUGCCGGAGCAGCUCGUAAAGCGGCAGCCGCGACAACAGCUCCCAAAAAGACUAAGCUUGCGCCUGUCUGCCCGGCGUCGCCGGAUAACUCGCCGCAUCAUUACUCCCUGAAGUCUCUGGUCACCCUCAACUUCAAGGAAGAGCUCGAUCCCAAGACAAACAGCAACAGGCGCAUUUGUCCCUCGUGCGUGAAGACGCUUGGUAACGCGUCACGUCCUCUGUUGGCUGAGAAGUGCGGACACGUCAUCUGCCGAAGCUGUGCUGUAAAGUUUAUGACUACUGUGAAAGGCGAUGACUCUUCGCCGCAAGAGAACGCUUGUUACGUCUGUGAUGCCCGACUGACGGCGGGCCGCUCGGAUGGCAAGCAGAAGCAGCGAAAACAGGAGUUUGUCGGACUGAUCGAGCUCAGAUCUGAAGGCACAGGGUUCUCCGCGAGGGGCGCAAGCAAGGUGGAGAAAAGCGGCGUCGCCUUUCAGUGCUGAUUUGUGUGGUCCUCUCGGUGGCUGCCGGCUGCCCACUUUGCGCAAUGGAGAGAGGCUGGGGUCGCAUCCAGCAAAACAAGAGAUAGUUGGGAUUUCAUCGAAGUCUGAGGAACACCUGGCGGAGGCGCUGUAACCUGGCCUUGCGUGACUGCCCUCGUGACAAGGACAACAGGAGAAUGCCCAAGCGGAUUAUGAACUUGUGGAUGAUGCCUUUCGACACCAUAGUCAGGCCAUGGCUGAAGAAGCUCUUGAGCACUUCGCCCUGGAGACCAGCAUAUAAUGCCAACAGUCCCUCGGUCCUUGCGAUGGAUAGAACAAUGGCGAUCACGCUACCUUCGGCCAUUUUCUUCAGCUUGCUCAGGGCGCCACCCUUUGCCUCUAUGGAAGUGGGAGUUUGAGGCUCAUUGCUGGACUCCGAACUAGUUGAUCUCUCCGGGUUCUCGGUGCUCCUCCGCGGCGAAGCGUUGCCAGACCCCUGCAUUUGAAGCCUGGCUCUGGCAGUCUGCAGGGGGUAGCUGAUGAUGGUAGCAACAGACUUGCUGGCGGCAGCAAGCAGGAAAGUUGUUUGUGGAUUACGCGAGGUUUCGUCCGAAUCUGGGAGAAGUGUCUUCCCCAUUUGUUCGUUCAGGAAAAAGGUUAUGCUGGGAUUGAUCGUUAACAGCAAGGAAGCGGAAUACCCAGCCCAGAGCCCAGCUAUGCCGUUCUCGGCGCCAAUAGAAGACAGGAUUUUCCAGACGGACGCGUCCUCGCCGUCAAUGUUGCCUCCAAACAUAGCCGACGUCUGCUUUCUCGCAACCACGUUUGCGAUGGGCGUUGUGCAAGCUCUCGAGCAAGCGCCCGCUAACGCGCCGACCGCCAGCUCAUCGAUAACCGGCAGCCUCCUGCCGCGAGAACGGCGGCGGGCAUCCCGAAAAUACUGGUAGAACAGAAAGAAGAGGAACGAAUCUGCAAUAGAUUUGAAUAUAUCCUGUGCGAGGCCUGUGUAAAGAGCCGAUACACCGCCUUCUUGUGACGAAAUGGCUUUCAACGCGUGGAAGACGCCGCGAUACUGGUCUUUUUCGGAGAUGGCAUCCUCUCUCCGUAACUGGCGCUGCACCUUGAGGCGCGUGGUGACGAGGUCAAGGGGAUAGACUGCAGUUGUCGAGAAGGCCGUGCCGGUCGCGCCGGCAAGAGCGUGGCCGAGGGCCUCGAGGACCCCAGCAGGUGCCAUAGUGAGGAGUUUACUGAUAUAACAAUGCAAGGUCUUCGAGAAGGAUUGUGUCGGAAUACGACCACGCGCAGUUUUUGGAACCAGUCAGCUCU